AUGAGGACACAGAAGGCUGCACGAAGCGUAUACACAGUGCCGGAUCUUCCUGUGAAAGACAUAGUCCAAUACUUCAACGAAAUGGAGAUAGGCAUGAAGGCAAGCGAUAUUAUUAAGCCAACGGCUCAAUCGGCGCAGAGGAUAUAUGAGACGCUUCUGGAUGUUUACUGUGGCAUAAGGGUGUCUGAUAUUGUUGCCGGGAUGUGCGAGGCGGAAGGUGGAAUGGCUUAUGAGGAGUCUCUAAUCUAUGUUUUGUUGCAGAAGAAGAUGGCAUGGUUUCUUGGCAAGAUAGGAUUUAAUGGAUUUGGACUGAAGGAUCUUGUGCCGGACUCGAAAAGAUUGAUUGCAAUAUUGAGUGUAGUAGUGAACUUUUCUAUGUUCAGGGAUAACAAGCGGCAUGUGUAUGAAAGAGUGUGCCAGAUGAAUGAUGAGAAGCUGCUUUUGAAGAAUGAAGUUGAGGAAAAGAUGUGUAGUGCGAAAAGGGAGCUUGAAAAGUGUGAGAGGCAAGUUAAGAAAAGCCAAGAAGAGGAGAGGGGGAUUGUGAACGAGAUAGCAUUGCUUGAAUGUGAUCUUAAGGAGUUUUACAAGCAUCAACGAGCAUUGGUGCAGGAGACCGAAAGAGCAAAGGCCAAUAGAGAUGAGCAUAGCGACAAGUUGAGCUCGCUUAAGCUGAUGGAGCUGAACAUUACACAAGAGAUAACGUGUUUGAAGACCCAGGUUGUGAGUGAUCCAACGAAGCUUAUGGAGCUGCUUGAAGAGAUGAGAUGCCUUAUUGUGAAGGAGGGGGAUGUAAUCAGGGGACUAGAAGCCAAAAGGACGAGCAUGAAGGAGAAGAUUGAGUUUACAGGACUGUUGAAAUGUGAUGUGAUGAAAGCAAUAACACUGACAAUAUCUAACAAGGAAGCGGAUAAGAUAAUUGAAAGAACGAACAGAGAAAUAAGCGAGCUGGAGGCACAGGUAAAGAACAUUGAUUCAGCAAUCAAUGCACUAAGAAUAAGAUUGAGCCAUGUGAACAGGCAGAUCUCGCAUAUUGAAUCGAAGAUUUUCAAUCUGCAAGACAAUGAUAAGAGAUGUUCGGAAGAAAUUUCUGAGAAGCUUGAAAGGCUUAAAAGCAACUACAGUGCGGUUUCUGAGGAAAGGGAUGUAAUGAAAAAGAGGAUUGAAGAGAAUGUGAGGCUAGCAAAGAGCAUUGAGUAUGAGGUUGUUAAGAAGAAGAAUGAGCACAUGAAUGAUGUUAUUGCAGUUCAAUCCAUACUGUGUAGGCUGAAAGACAAUAUUUUCAAUUAUUUUGCAGAAACAAAGGGAAUAAUUGAAAAAGAAAUGAGCAAUAAUUAA